AUGAAUGGUUGGCAGGUAACAGAGAUUUUAAUCGGAUGUCUGCUCAGUGCACUAUUCCUCGCACUAGUACUAGUCGUUGUUCAGUGCCUCGCUUCGUGUUUCGAUAACUGGCGAAGUAAUAGAUUGAAAGCGGAUCCCGAACGGCUACCAGAUGAUUAUGUGAAUGAAAUAAAACAGCUACUGGAUCGCCAUAAAACGAUCAUGAAUGAAUGCGAUUUUCUCAAUGAUCACGUUGACGAGAAGACUGUAACGACUGGUGACAAUCUCCAGGACUGCCGAUUUUCUCAGAUGGCAUUUGGUGUUUGUUCAAGUGAUAAAAUAGUUGAUGGAUCACGACGACGUUCUUGGAGCGGUCUCAACGACUCCCUUUUCGAUCCCGUUCAGUUGCCGCUCUCACUCGAUCCCAGCGUUCAGACAACGUGA